AUGCCGGCGGGCUCCGAGGGCGAGGACGGCCCGGCCGGGGAGCAGCCCGGCCCCGGCGGCCCCAAGCUCUGCGGGUACCUGCAGAAGCUGUCGGGGAAAGGGCCCCUGCGCGGCUUCCGCACCCGCUGGUUCGUGUUCGACCCGCGCCGCUGUUACCUCUACUACUUCAAGGGGCCGCAGGAGCCGCUGCCGCUCGGGCACAUCGACAUCGCCUCCGCCUCGUUCAGCUACCACCAGCCCGAGGCGGCCGCGGCCGCGCCGGGGGACGAGCCCGCCGCCUUCGAGGUGCACGGGCCCGGCGGGGCCGUCACCGUGCUCAAGGCUGCAACUCGGCAGGACAUGACCUACUGGCUGCAGGAGCUGCAGCAGAAGAGGUGGGAGUACUGCAACAACCUGGACGCUGCCAAGAGGGACAGCAGGACCUCCCCCACGCCCAGCGACUUCUCCAGAGGGCUCGUGGCCAAAGACCAUCCCGAUUUGAGUAUCCUGAGUCAAAAUGCAUCAGCAGAGAGAGCUCGAAAUAUUCUAGCUGUGGAGACCUCUCCCACAGACCUGGUGGGGGAACAGGCAGCUUCCCAACCCGCCCCAGGCCAAGCCAGUGCCAUCAAUUUCUCCCUCAAACAAUGGAGCACUGAACUCAAAAAUUCCAUGUCCUCCCUGAGGAAAGGGAACAACGAGAACCGCAGGAGCGUCUUUUACACCAGCGAGGAGUGGGAGCUGCUGGAUCCAACCCCCAAAGACCUGGAGGACUCCAUGGCUCUGGAAGAGAAGAGGAAACACCUGGCAGAAGGAAGCAAAGGACUGACUAGUUCAGCUUUUCCGUUUGAUUUGGGCCGCAUCCCACACAAAGCCAGGCGCCCCUUGCUGAAGGACAUGAUCGGAUCCAGCAAGAGCCGCGCCGGCAGCGACUCCUCCCCCACGGAGUGGUGCUCUGGCAACGGCAGCAAACUGGUGUCUGAGCUGCAGCUGAAGUAUCAAAGCCAGCAGGAAGAGCUGGAGAAGCUGAAGAAAGAUCUUCUGAGCCAAAAGGAACUCGUUCGACUCCUGCAGCAAACAGUCCGCUCCUCCCAGUACGACAAAUACUUCGCCAGCCGCCUCUGCGAGGGGGUUCCCAAAGACAAACUAGAGCUGCUGCACCAAAAAGACGACCAGAUUUUGGGUCUCAACAAUCAGCUGGAGAAGUUGAAUCUGGAAAAGGACAGCCUCCAGCAGGAAGUGAAGAACCUGAAAUGCAAAGUCGGAGAGCUCAAUGAGCAGCUGGGUAUGUUGAUGGAAACUAUUCAAGCUAAAGAUGAGGUGAUCAUGAAACUCUCCCGGCAGCUCAGUGAGUGUGAGGACAGUUCAUCCUCUCCAAGUGGAGCAGUAAAUUCUCCCACGGCCACCUGUGCUAAUAAGGACCUGCAGGAGCUGGACAGACUGAAAGACAAUCUUCAGGGUUAUAAGACCCAGAAUAAAUUCUUAAAUAAGGAGAUUUUGGAACUUUCUGCUCUACGAAGAAACGCAGAAGCGAGAGAGAGAGAAUGGCAGGCAAAGUACACCAGCUUGGAAGCCAAACUCUGCCAGAUCGAAAGCAAAUACUUGAUCUUGCUUCAAGAAAUGAAAACUCCGGUGUGUUCUGAGGAGCAGAGUCCCGCUCGGGAGGUCAUCACGCAGUUACUGGAAGAUGCCUUGAAGGCAGAAACCAGUGAACAGCCAGAGCAGGCCUUUUUCAAACCACACCUGGUCAGUGAAUAUGACAUAUAUGGGUUUCAGACAGUCCCAGAGGACGACGAGGAGGAGAAACUCGUAGCAAAAUCACGAGCUUUGGACCUGAGGUCGCUUUCCCUGAGUGAAAAUCGAGAGAUCUCAGCUGGAGUCAAGUGGGAGAACUACCUUGCCAGCACCAUGAACAGGGAGAUGAUGCGCUGCGUGGAGCUGAAGAACCUCAUCCGCUCGGGAAUCCCGCACGAGCACCGCUCCAAGGUGUGGAAAUGGUGUGUCAACCUGCACGUGAAGAAGUUCAAGGACAGCACGGUGCCUGGCUACUUCCAAACCUUGCUUCAGAACGCUCUGGAGAAACAGAACCCUGCCUCCAAACAGAUCGAGCUGGAUCUCCUGAGGACUUUGCCCAACAACAAGCAUUACUCCUCCCCGACGUCCGAAGGGAUCCAGAAGCUGCGGAAUGUGCUGCUGGCGUUUUCCUGGAGAAAUCCCGAUAUAGGGUAUUGCCAAGGGCUCAACAGGUUGGCAGCAAUUGCACUUCUGUACUUGGAGCAGGAAGAUGCUUUUUGGUGUCUGGUGACGAUAGUGGAAGUUUUCAUGCCUCGUGAUUAUUACACCAAGACCCUGCUGGGAUCCCAGGUUGAUCAGAGGGUGUUCAAGGACCUGAUGAGUGAGAAGCUCCCCCGCCUCCACGCUCACUUCGAGCAGUACAAAGUGGAUUACACCCUCAUCACUUUCAACUGGUUCCUGGUGGUGUUCGUGGACAGCGUGGUCAGCGACAUCCUCUUCAAAAUCUGGGACUCCUUCCUGUAUGAGGGACCAAAGGUAAUAUUCCGCUUCGCCCUGGCACUUUUUAAAUACCAAGAGGAGGAGAUCUUGAAGCUGCAGGAUUCCAUGUCCAUCUUCAAGUACCUUCGCUACUUCACACGCAACAUCCUGGACGCCAGGAAGCUGACUGCCAUCGCCUUUGGAGACCUGAACCCCUUCCCCUUACGGCAGAUCAGGAACAGGAGGACCUACCACCUGGAGAAAGUGCGUCUGGAGCUGACGGAGCUCGAGGCCAUCCGCGAGGAUUUCCUGCGGGAGCGGGAGACGUGCGUGGAGAAAAGGGACCUCAUCAGCGACGAUGAGGAGGACAGCUGAGACUGCCACCAGGCACUGUCCCCUGGCAGCGAGACCAAAGGGAGCGAACCUCCAAAACACUUUAUUUUCCCCCUGUCAAACAGAAUGUAAACGAGUUUGCUUUUGGAAAUAUGCAGGACAGAUUUCCAAACCCCAGCACUUUUCAGCAGCAGCGCUUUGUGUGAGGCCAAACACUUCUGUUUACAUGGAUGUUCAUGGAGUCCUUUGUAGAGCACUUAAAUACCUGUCUCAGUUCAGGCAAUCAGCUGGAUUGGCAGUCGUUUUUCCCCCGGUGCACCCUCAAUGUCUGGAUGUGAAAGCAGAGGGAGAGAAGUCCCUGCUGUGUUCACUGCCCUCCUCGCCAUUCUGUGUGGGUUUGGUGUGAUCCUG